UUGAGUCAGAGAAACGAACACUAAGGAAUUUUAGUGGUAUAGUGUCUGUGUGAAAUAUAUUGGAAAAAGAGUGUUUUGUUUAUAAUUUUAAUUGCAAAAACUGCACAUAGGCACACGGCGCGUGCACACACCAACGCACCGCACCCGCACGCCCCCCUGAGGCCACCACCCGAAAGUGUUAUCAGUGGAGCGAACACGGCGCUCCAAACGCCAAAGAAAAAAAUGGCGCCCGCAGCAGCAGACUCUGGCUGACUUUCUUUUCGUUCGGAAUCUAUAUAGUCGUUCAGUUCGCCCCAGUCUCGUCGUCGGCGGACGAAUGCGGUGAUUUUCGUUGGCGUUUUCGUCGCAGUGCGAUCCCCUCGAAACAUACAUUGAAAAGUGCCAAUAUAACCAAACGAGAGACCAAAACGAAACGAAACAAAUCGAAAUAUUAUUGUUGUGUUGUAUAUUGUUCGGCUCGAACACACAGCCGCAAAUUACCAUUACCAAUUUCCACUUACUACUACUAGAAAGGAGGCUAGUAUUUUGUACGUGCUUUAGAAUACAUACAUACAUACCUACAUAUACCACAAGCAAGCGAGAAGUGUGCAAUUACAUUUGCGUUUGGAAAUUUUGCGCUUUUUUCUCUUCCGCCUCCUUCCAACCCUCCACCCCCCAAUCUCUCUCUCUCUCUCUGUUCCCCCGUUUGCCUCUGCACCGCACUGUGCUAAAUAAUGUGCGCCGCCCAGAAUCCGCCGCCCUUCGGCUAUACCUGGGGCUUUGCAGACAACGGCAGCCGCAACGCCGAAUCUGUCCUGGAGAUAUCGCCGAACAUCAACUACACGGUCAGCGGGGAGUCGAUGCCCUAUUUGUUAUCCACGGAUGGAUCGUUGGCAGUUCAAAAGGAUGUCAAAGGGCUCACCGGUGCCGGCAAUAAGAAUGUCGUGCGCCGCAUGUUUGUGGUAAACGAUGCCUCAUUUCCACCAGGGACACAGAGGGUAAUUACCGCGGGAGGAUCAUCGACGGUGGUGAAGAAGCAGGACGCCAAUCAGCAGGUGUUGAGCCUGGACAAGAACUAUCUGCUUGUGGAUCCGGCCACGGCAGCAGCAGCUGCAGCGGCAGCGGGUGGCGAUCCGUCGGUGGCCCAUCAUCACCACACACUAGCGAAUGGCAGCAUUGUCGAUGCCAAGACCGGACAGACGGUGCUAACCGCUGGCUCGGCGGCGGCAGCCAAGUCGCACUUCAGCUCCAUCGGAGCGCUGCAUCUAACGCAAGAGGAGUGCAACGAGAUCCUGAUCAAGCGCGCCAUCGCUGCCGGCCAUCAUCAGACGCACACGAUCACCACUGCCGAUGGGACGCACCAUCAUGCGUCUGGCGGGACACCAAGUUUUUGUUCCGUUGGCGGUGCAACAACACUCUUAGGUGACAUACUUCCUGGUAUUUCAGUUCAAGUACAGAAAGUAAUCCAGGGACUCGAGGAUAACGAGGACUCGCAGGGCGAAGCACCCAAUUUAAAGUUGGAGCCAGGCACUUUGGAGCUGUCCCCGAAGACCGAACUACAGGAAUCAAUGCAUUUCAGCGAAGUCUAUUCACAGACGGACGCCACCAUUAAGAAGGAAAGACCGUACAGUUGUGACGAGUGCGGCAAGUCCUUUCUGCUCAAGCAUCAUCUGACAACCCACGCACGCGUGCACACAGGUGGUGAACGUCCCCACAUUUGCACCCAUUGCGGCAAGAGCUUCGCGCACAAGCACUGUCUCAACACGCAUCUGCUGCUGCACUCGACGGAACGACCGUAUCAGUGCCAGGAGUGCAAGAAGAGCUUCACCCUCAAGCACCAUCUGCUGACCCAUUCGCGUGUCCAUAGCCGGGAGCGACCUUUUGUCUGCCAGGAGUGCGGGCGCGCCUUUCCGCUCAAGCGUCAUCUGGUCACGCACAGCAAAUUUCACGCCGGCGAGCGACCGUACGUUUGCGAGGAAUGCGGUGAGAGCUUUGCCCAGGAGAAUCACCUGAUUAUGCACUCGCGCUUUCAUGGUUCAUUGAAUCCAUUCGUUUGCGCCGAGUGUGGAGCCUCGUUUCCACGCAAGUUCCAGUUGGUUAACCACGGACGUAUUCACGGCAAGAUCCCCCAUUCGUGCACGGUGUGCGGCAAAGAGUUUCUACAAAAGCGAACGCUAGUUUCCCACAUGAGACGAGUACACACCGGUGAGCAGGCGCAUCCCUGCGUCAGCUGCGGCGAGGGCUUCCUCACCAAGGCCGAACUGCACCAGCAUGUGAGGACGGCGCAUAAUGGCGUCAAUCCAAAUACGAGCAGUGCCACCAUCAUAGCCAAUCAGCAGCAGCUGCAACAGGCCCAUCAUCAUCCCGGACAGCCGCAUCCACAGACGAUUACUGUGGUAAGCAAUCCGGCCAACUCCACGCUGCUGACUGUGUCUACUACGGAUGCUAAUGGCGUGGCCAGGCCACAGUUCGUGUGCCGCGAAUGCGGCAGCGCCUUCAAUAGCCGAGAAGCCUUAGCACUUCACUUGCGCCUUCAUACUGGCGACAAGAGUCUAAUGACCGAUCUGUGCGCUUUGACAGCCGCCUUGCCGGGUCACUUCUUGAGCACGGCCAGCUUGAAUCCGGGUACCGUAGUCACGGCCAACCCGAAUCUAGUGGGCCAGAGCCCAGUGCCCGUGCAGAUUAUAUCGUCGACCGGACAGGUGAUGUCGCAGACCACGCUGGUGCAGGCCGCCAACUCGACCCAUCCGCAAGCCGUGGUCACCGCAGUGCCGACCAUGCCUGUGCAUGGCCAGCAGCAGCACCUGCAGCACGUACAGCAGCAGCAGCAACAGCAGCAACAACAGCAACAGCAGCAGCAUGUCGUAUCUGUUGCGCCGGCCAACAAGCCCAAGUCGCAUUUCUGCGCCAGUUGCGGCAAAGGAUUCGCCGCCAAGCACGGUCUCAUGCAGCACAAUCGCCGGCAUCCGAACGGCGGCUGUACGGUGCGCACUCAUGUGUGUGAAUGCGGCAAGGCCUUCUUCCAGAAGAACCACCUGAUGCUGCACCAGCGCCAGCAUCUGGAGACGAAGCCAGCCAUAUCGCAGCAACAGGAGGCGUCCUCGGCCCAGCAGCAGCAGCAACAACAGGCGGCUGGGUCGGCCAGCGGUGGACAGCAGCCGGCGCAGGUUCAAGUGCAGAUAUUGCCUGAUGGUCAGAUUCAUGGCAAGGUGAUCAAGUACGAGAUCUGUCGUAGUGUCCUGCCCGAGGAUCAGCAGCAGCAGCAGGCGGACAUAGACGGGGAAUAACCGAGAGCGACUGUAAAUACGUGGCAAGUGCAACCAACAGUGACAGCAGGAACAGCAGGAGCAGCAACUUUAGUAGCAUAAACACCAGAAGCAGCAGCAGCACCAGCACACAGGCAUUAUCCAGAUGGAUCCCUCCCGGAGAAGAGAUAAGCGAUUCCCUUAAUUGUAAUAUUUUUUAGUUAGAACCUAGGCUAGCGGCUAAGUAAUCGCAGUGUACACAUAUUGAUAGUUAACUAGCAUGGGAAAACACCUUAUAUAUAUACAUAUAUAUAUUUAUAUAUAUAUAUAUAAUAUGUAUACACAGACAUAUAUAUAGGAUUACGUAGAAAGUAUCUGUUAAUUAAUUUUGCGAUGCGUUGGUCGCAUCUAAAAGAACAACCGCCGGUAUAUGAGUUGCAAAGUUUUAAAGCGUUACGUUCUAUUGGUUCUAUGGAUUACACAAACCCGACUUUUAAAAUAACAAUAACAACAACACAACAACUUAUAAAACUCACAAAAACUUAUAUAUUCAAAACUAGAUGACAAAUAUAAAUGCUUAAUUGUAAAAUGUAAACAACUAAAAAAAAAUAACACGAAAAAAAAGAAGUA